UACAUCAUCUCUCUUUGUUCCAUCCUACAAGAGAGAAUCAUUCUCUUCCCGGCGUUGACAAGAACACAACUUAGCUUGUACAACGUUACAAGAACAUAAACAAUUUUAUUUGUUUCCUGACAAAAUUUUCUGUUUUGUUCUUGAUUGCUGUCAGCUGCAAACAUUAUUGCAGUUAAUUAAUUUAAGCAAACAUGGGGAGGCAUUCUUGUUGUUACAAGCAGAAGCUGAGGAAAGGCCUUUGGUCUCCUGAGGAAGAUGAGAAGCUCAUAAAGCAUAUUACUACAUAUGGCCAUGGCUGCUGGAGCUCAGUCCCAAAACUAGCAGGUCUGCAAAGGUGUGGGAAGAGUUGCAGGUUGAGGUGGAUAAAUUACCUGAGGCCUGAUUUGAAAAGAGGCACAUUUUCACAGGAGGAAGAGAAUUUGAUAAUUGAACUCCAUGCAGUUUUGGGCAACAAGUGGUCUCAAAUCGCAGCCAGACUGCCCGGGAGAACGGACAACGAAAUCAAGAACCUCUGGAACUCAUCAAUCAAGAAGAAGCUGAGGCAGAAAGGGAUCGACCCAAACACACACAAGCCACUGUCCGAGGUUGAGAAUGAAGAGAAAUUAGCAUCCUUAACCAACAAUAACGAGAAACUAACGUUGUCAGAAGGGUCAAGUGAGCUCAACUUUGUUGAAGCUGAGAGCUGUAACAACAACAACAACAACAAUCAGGUACCUUCCCUGACAGUUAUGAUGGACAGUUAUCCGAUGAUCGACAAUAAUGUGGUCUGCAGCAAUCCUAUGAGCUCAAACACACCACCCACCCAUGAGUUCUUCCUCAACAAGACACCUGAUUUAUCAGGCUACCUCUCUUUCUUCAACAACAACAUAGGAUCAUCAUUUCCUAUGCAGUAUCCUAGUAACAGCAGCCUCUUCUUGAAUCCCAAGUCAAAUGUUGUUCUCCCCAUGGAAACCAACUCUUCUUUCUUUGAAAACAAUAAUGCAUCAUUUCCUUGGGGGCCCGCCACAGACCAUCAUCAUCACUGUGGUGGAAAACCAGAGAAACAAAGUGCUGAUCUUGAUGAGACCAAAUGGUCAGAAUAUCUCCAGGCACCAUUCUAUCUACAACCUCCUCCUCCUCCCAAUCAUCAAGAUUUAUACGCCCAAGGGAAACCCGAAACGCAGUUCGCAACACAAGGCGGAUCUCCAUUGAUUCCGACUACUACUUCUGCUGCUACUGCUACUGCUACUACUACUUGGCUGCAAAACCAGGCCAUGUAUAAUAAUAGUAAGAAUUUUCAGAGACUUCAUGCUGCAUUUGGACAGUUUUCUUAAGUUUAAUUUUAUCGAAAAAGGGAUUCCAACAUGAUGAUGAUGAGUGUGCUAUAGAGUUCCUAUUCUUAAUCUGUAAAUAGGUCUAAUACAAAUUGAAGUUCAUGUUUCAGAUACUUGGAUGGAUAUGAUAUUCUUCUUGAUAGAACAUUUAAGUCUUUUUUUUCUUUUUUCUUUUUUCUUUUGUUUAAUCAAUCAUCCUUUUUGUGUAUGUUUUUAUCAUGUCUUUGGUCAAUUCAUUUUAAGGCUUGUAA